UCCUAAAAUGAAAAGGUACUGAUAGGAGAGACCAAAAGAAUGUACCUCAUUAAACUGGUGUAUUUUAUAUUUUAGUGCCCAUAAGGGUCCCCGACUGUCGUUUCUUGUUCAGAAUUUACAUGGCGGCCUGUUGAAAUUUGUGUUUUUUUCAUCUCUCUUGUACAGGGGGGAUUCGAUUUUCUUGUGUUAUAAGCAAACAAUCAAGCUUAUAAGUUGAUUGACUUCAACCAUUCGAUCAACCAUGGAGAGAAGUGAUUCAAUUCAUGAGAGUGAUGUGCUGGAGCCACUAGUAGCCAAGGAUGAAACAGUUAUAUUUGGAGAUGAGCAGGAUGAAAUGAAGUACAGUGGAAUUCUAGUAUGGGAGGAAAUAAAGAAACAAUGCUGGAUAGCAGGGCCCAUGGCGUCUGUGAAUUUGUUACAGUUUGGCUUGCGGUUGAUAUCUGUCAUGCUGGUGGGGCAUUUAGGGGAGCUUGCUCUCUCUAGUGCAUCUAUUGCUACUUCCUUCGCAAAUUUCUCUGGCAUGAGUGUGCUGAUGGGAAUGGGAAGUACAUUGGAAACACUAUGUGGACAGGCCUAUGGGGCAAAGCAAUACCAUCAGCUUGGGAUUCAUGUGCAGAGAGCAUUGUUUGCUCUGUUUUGUGUGAGCCUACCGCUUGCUGUGCUGUGGGCAUACAUGGGCAAUAUUCUAAUUGCAUUUGGGCAGGAUCCUCUGAUAUCCUCUGAAGCAGGGAAAUAUGCCAGAUGGAUGAUUCCCAGUCUGUUUGGUUAUGCAGCUCUUCAACCACUUGUAAGAUUUCUCCAGUCACAAAGCAUUGUCUUUCCCAUGAUGCUAUGCUCUGCAAUUACUUUGUGUUUCCAUGUUCCCAUGUGCUGGCUUCUGGUAUUUAAGAGUGGAUUAGGAAAUAAAGGAGCUGCCUUGGCAAACAGCAUUUCCUACUGGGUCAAUGUGAUACUUCUUUUACUAUAUAUUAAAAUUUCACCUGCAUGCAAGCGGACAUGGACAUCCUUUACAUGGGAGGCUUUGCAUGAUAUUAAACAUUUUCUCAAGCUUGCCAUUCCAUCUGCAUUCAUGAUCUGCUUGCAGUGGUGGUCCUUUGAAAUACUUAUUCUCUUGUCAGGUCUGUUGCCCAAUCCAAAACUUGAGACAUCAGUUCUUUCAAUCUGCCUUAACACUUCUUCCCUAGCAUAUAUGAUUCCCUUUGGUUUUAGUGCUGCUGUAAGUACACGAGUUUCAAAUGAACUGGGAGCUGGACGCUCACAUGCUGCCCGCUUAGCAGUGUAUGUAGUGUUCUUUAUAGCAAUCACAGAGGCAGUCAUGAUAGUAUGUCUUUUAUUCUCUAUACGAAAUGUUUGGGGCUAUGCUUACAGCAAUGAAAAGGAGGUCAUUGAUUAUGUUGCAAGCAUGAUCCCAUUACUAGCAGCCUCGUCAUUUUUGGAUGGAAUCCAAUGCAUUCUUUCAGGCAUUGCUAGAGGAUGUGGGUGGCAAAAAGUGGCUGCUUACGUUAAUCUUGGGGCAUACUACAUGGUUGGCAUUCCUAUAGCUUUCUUUUUGGCCUUUGUACUGCAUAUUGGUGGCAAGGGACUCUGGCUCGGAAUUAUAUGUGGCCUUUCUGUACAAGUAAUUUUACUAUUCCUAGUAACAACAUGUACUGGUUGGGAACAAGAAGCAAGAAAUGCAAGAGAGAGAGUAUAUGCUUCAUCAUUACCCAUAGUCACUGAUGAAAUAAUAAAGGAUGAUAAAAGUUAACGACCUUGAUGCUGGUAAGUUCUGUACACAAUUUUAAAGCUCUAAAAUGUGUCAGGGUACUCCAGCUGUAACGGCAAUGCCACUGCUUGUUAAAUUCUGAUCAAAUUGAAAUCAGUGUUCACAAGGACCAUGCAAUUCUUCUCGAAUGUGCUGCUACGCAUCGUUAUUUUCCUUGAUAAGCCUUUUGUAAUGUCUCAGGUGUUUUUCUAGCAAUAAUGGUUUGUAUUAUUACUGUUAUUUUUGGUGAGGUUUUGUGUUAGCAUAUUGAUAAUUGAUUAUGUAGAUGUAUAUGUUGUAUCUUUUAUAUGUUUGAAUUAUUGAAUUAGUUCAGUUUUACUGUUUUCAUUAUAUAUAAAUAAAAAUGGACGUGUUCAUUAUAUUUAAUGAACCAUUUAAUCA